AUGAAAGAUUUCGAUAUUCCAACCAAACCCAACGUGCAAAACAUGAACGAACGAGGUUUAUUCCACGCUGUCCACAGCGUGGCGAUCAUCAGCUGCACGGUUUGCUUGAUCACACCGAGCACAAUCUGCACUGCAAUACGCCCUUGGAAUCCAGAGCAAAACAUGAAAACAUUGCCUUCCACCAUGAAGGACAGCCCGUACGGGAAGCUAGAGAACUCAAUCAAGUUUCGUGCGGACAUCAAUCAUGUCGAAGACAACCAUGUCAGCGUCUUCAGCGAACAACGUGACGAUGACGGGGACCCGGUAGUCUCGCUUUUGCUACAACGGGGGCUCAUUGAACGAGGUAUGGGACCGCAUGAUACCGGUAGCAUCGAAGAACGGGUUUGCUUUUCGGACGUUGGUGUGCAUGCACCAGGGGUAAUGCUCAUGUCGAAUUCUACAAGUUUCCCGUCCCCGCUACGACAGUGUGCACAUCAUGACGAUGGCGGCAAGAGCAAGAACCUGGACCCAAAACAGUCUGAUUGGGGCACUCAGUCAUUGGUGUCUAAAACCACACUGAGGUUCACCAAAGAUGGCAAGUUGAAGGCUAGGGAACCCAAACGCCAGCGCAACCGUUCUCAUGAAGAUCUUUGUGAUGAUGGUGAAUGUCAUCCCACCUUUGAAGCUGCUAUGUCCCAGAUGAAACAGGAGGGACUCAUAACAGAGUCAACGGAUGGCAGCCUUGUACUUACCGAUCUGGGCCGCGAAGUGCAUUUAGGUUUAUGAAGCUUGUCAACCAAGAUCGGAAGUUGGAGACCCAAACAGCAGUCGAGCUGCAAUUCAAGCCAUGUACCCUUUGACAAGUCAUUGCAUACUCCAACCAUAAUCAGAAGAGUGCGAUAGCCCCCUAUUCUUUGUACAACGCGUUUAGUUUCCCCAGGCACCGAAUAAAAGAUAUCAUUCAGCAUAUUAAAGUUAAGACGUGAC